UCAACGUAUUAUGACUGUGCCGAAAAGUUUGCACAUACGUAAAUACCAUAUUAUUUUUGCUAAAAUAUAGAUUCAAACAAUUUCCUUAAAUGGUAUGGCAUCGUGAAAGUUGUGUUUGUGCUAAAAUAGUUACUUGGCUAUAGAAAUAUUCAAAACACCAAGAAACAAACCAUGUUCCGAAAGCAUACUGAAACAAAAUUUUCAUUUAUUAUUUAGAUGAAAAAUAGUCUAACAAUUAUUAAUAAAUUCAACGUUUCUGUUCUGUUUACAGGUCAGUACGCUGUUGUUAUUGUAGCAGUUCUGGCAGUGGUGAUAACAGAAACAUGCGCAGAUAUGAUGCGCAAGAGCAUCGUUUUUAACAGCAAGAUGCCCAAGGUAUUCUACUGUCCUCAAGAUAAGCCAACGGGAAUGGAUAAGAUGUAUGUCAAGGCUAAACCGAUAGAAAAACUCUGUGAAUAUGGCGGGAAGAAACUUCCCAAACAUUACCUUUCUGACUGUUACAACGACGUCGACGAGACAGAGUAUGCUUGCGCUGAAAAGCGUAGGAUUAUGAAGUGGAUAAAAACUUCGAAUAGCACAGGCUCUCGCUUUCGGACGACGACUGACCCAUCUGUUGAACAAGUCAGGAACCAAUAAUAUAUACGGGACAAAGAAAAGUAUUUAUUUGCUUUUCAUUCGUGAAGUUAACUUUAUUUGUGUAAACAUUUAGAUUAACUAAAAAUUGAGUGAAGUGAUGUUUAUAUUUGUGGUUUACUUCUUUCCAAUUUGGGACUGGCGAUGUAUCAAUAGUUUAUAAAUAAGGAAACGGUGUCAGUAGGUU